AACAACACCACUCUCUCAUAACUUCUAAUAAUAGGAAGCUGCAAUCACUACUAAAUAAUAAGCUAACAACAUCAUAAUGGAAGAAUAUUCAGCUAAGUGGCUUUUACCUAUUUCAAUUUUUCUUCUCACACUUUUCUUCUUUUUGAAAUUCAAAAAGAAACAAAACAAACCCAAAAACCUCCCUCCUUCACCACCAUCUUUACCACUCAUAGGUCAUCUUCAUCUCAUCAAAGAACCCUUACAUCGAAGCCUCCACAAACUCUCACAAAUCUAUGGACACAUGGUCUUUCUCCGUGCCGGCACACGCAAUAUCCUCGUCGUCUCUUCGCCUUCCGCGAUACAAGAAUGUUUGUCGAAUAAUGACAUUACAUUUGCAAAUCGUCCCGUCACACUCGCUGGAAAAUAUCUUCAUUACAAUAGUACGACGUUGGGUUCUUCGUCAUAUGGUGAAUUCUGGCGUAGACUUCGUCGUUUAACAACAUCAGAGCUCUUCUCGACCAAUCGCCUAGCAAUGUUCGCGAAAGUUCGAGAAGAAGAAGUGAUGUUGUUAGUUAAGCAAAUAUUUGAAGAAUCCAAAGAACAAUUAUCAAUGUCAAAAGUUGACAUCAAAACAAAAACUUUAGAACUUUCUUUCAACAUCAUAUUGAGAGUGAUAACUGGGAAACGAUACUAUGGUAAAGAUGUUGUGGCCUUAGAAGGAAAAGAGUUUCAAACUUUAAUGAAGGAGUUUCUAGAACUUCUUGGAAGUGGAAAUUUGAAUGAUUUUUUUCCAAUACUAGAAUGGAUUGAUUUUCAAGGGAAGAAAAAGAAGAUGGUGAAAUUGAGUAAGAAGAUGGAUAGCUUCCUUCAGAAGCUAGUUGAUGAAAAACAAAGAAAUCGAAACCAUGACCAAACAACUACUAGUAUGACAUUAAUAGAUGUUAUGUUGGACUUGCAACAAAAGGAGCCAGAAUUCUACACAAACGAAGUAAUCAAAGGUGUUGUUCUGAUAAUACUUGUAGCUGGCUCUGAGACUGCGGCUACAACCAUGGAAUGGACACUCUCACUUCUCCUAAACCAUCCAGAAACAAUGAUUAAAGUUAGAGCUGAGAUAGACACUUGUGUGGGACAUGAUCAACUAAUGGCUGAAUCAGAAGGUUCAAAAUUAAAAUACUUAUCCAACGUUAUUAUGGAGGCACUUCGUUUAUACCCUGUGGCACCACUAAUGAUACCACACCAGUCUUCCAAUGAUUGCAAAGUUUGUGGUUUUGAUAUACCACGUGGGACAAUGCUCUUUGUGAAUCUUUGGACCCUACAUAGAGACCCUAAUUUAUGGAAAGAUCCAACAAAGUUUGUGCCGGAAAGAUUUGAAGAAGGGGACUUAGGUAAUUUUAAUGAUAUUUACAAUAUGCUUCCAUUUGGUAUUGGAAGAAGAUCUUGUCCUGGAGAUGUUUUAGCAAAACGUGUUAUGGGUCAUGCAAUUGGGUCUUUGAUUCAAUGUUUUGAGUGGGAGAGAAUUGGGGUUGAAGAAAUUGAUAUGACUGAAGGAUUUGGGAUUACAAUGCCCAAAGUUGAACCUUUGGUUGCAUUAUGCAAGCCACGCCAAGUUAUGAUAAAGGCUAUGUCCAAUAUAUAACUAACUUAUGGGUGCAUUUGCAAUUUGUGUGGUGUCAAUAGCUAAAUAAAAGACCCUGCCUCUCUUAGCAAUGUGUCCUAGCCACCUCCUCUCUUCCUUCACUUAUAUAUCCCUUCUUCUUUACCCAAAUAAGAAAGAUGGUUUCGAAUAAUUCAUGGAAUCACCCUAUAUAUCUUGUUUUUAUCAUUUUAUGAUAUUAAAUUGAAUGUUGUGAGUUUAUUAGCGAAUUUAUCUGUUUUACAUUUAGUGUCGUUAAUUUUGUAUUUUUUUUA